AUGCCCGGGGCGCCGCCCGCCGGGAAGAGGCCGCGCCGCAGCGUGUCCGGCGGCAGGGCCGGGGCCGGGGCCGGGGGCCAGGAGUCCGGGCCCAUCGAGCUGUGUUUCCACCGCGCGCCGCCCGCCAGGCUGGCCUGCCCGGCGUGCGGGCAGCUGGUGGGCCGCUACGACCUCAACCGGCACCUGGACGACACGUGCGCCCCGCGGCCCCGGGCACCGUCAGCCCCCGAGCCGGGCGGCGCGGCCACCCGGGGCCGGAAGCAGACCAGCCCCUACUUCACGGGCGCCGGGGCCCAGAGCCCAGGCCGAGGCGCAGAGCUGCCACCUCGGGACGCCCGGGCGGUUCCCUUGGGCAGCCUGGCGUCCAGGCUAUCCAGGCGGUCCCUGCGGGCCGGAGAGGAGGCCAGGGCGGCGGGGAGCCCUGCGGACCGGGGUGCGGGGAGCGGCUCCCAGAAGGAGAACGUGCUCCCCUGUGUCUGUCUCACGGACGAAGACACCAUCAGGGGCCUCAAGCCUCCCGAGGAUGCAGGGAGGCCCGCCCUGGCUCCCGCCUUUCCCGAGGACGCGCCCGUGUCAUCGCCCCCGGGGCCUCCGCCCGCGCCCGAGGACCGUCUGGCUUGGCGGGAGGGGAUGGGCCGAGGCGGUGGUGAAGGUGCGGGGACACGGGCGGCAGGUGUCGGUGAGGAGGUCGGAGGGACCGAGCCGUCCCAUCCGGAGGCGCAGGACACCUCCGAGCGGAGGGACUUGCACAGGCCCCCCCUGGAAGCUGCCGGCGGAGGCUCAGAGGAUGGCACGGCUCUCGGGGCGCCCUCGGGGCCGGGGUCCCCCUCACCACCUCCGCCCGGCCACCCUUACUACCUCCGCAGCUUCCUGCUGGUGCUGGGGGCCGUCUUCCAGAGCGAGGACGACAGCAGGCUCUUCGACCAGCAGGAGCAGGCCGCGGUGGCCAGGUUCCAUCAGCUGUCAGACAGCGCUCAGAAGCUAUACGUCAGACUGUUCCAACGUAAGUUCGGCUGGAUUAAGAGGCAUAAGUUGGAAUACGAAGAGAUCGCCCCGGACCUGGCGCCCGUGGUUGGAGAACUGGAGCGAGCCGGCUUUCUGCAGACGGAGUCCGAGUUGCGAGAACUCCCCGAGGUGCUGGACCUGCUCUCCGCUCCCGAGCUGAGGACCCUGGCGAAGACCUUCCACCUGGGCCAGGCCGGCGGGCAGAAGCAGCAGCUGGCCCGGGCCCUGCUCCGCCUGGCCCGGCAGCCCUCCGUCUGCCCCCGGGGCGGCGGCCCGCCCGGCGUCGGGGCGGCGAUACUGAAAAGAGCCAAGGACCUGGCCGGCCCGUCGCUGAGGGUGUGCCGAGGCCCGAGGGCCGUGUUCUCCCGGGCCCUGCUGCUCUUCUCCCCGACCGACUCCCCGGAGGAGGAGGACGCCCCCUGCGGGGGGCAGGGCCAGCUCUCCACUGUGCAGCUGGUCAGCCUGGGCCGCGUGGCCUUCCCCCGGUACACCGUCCGCCGGCACGCCCAGGUCUUCCAGGACAGAGACGACCUCCUCAGGUACGCCGAUGCCGCCCACAGGCUGAGUGACGUCGCCGCCGCCAUGGCCGCCGGGAACUGGAAGGAGGCCCACGCGCUCUGUGAGGGCGCCAGGAGGGACUGGCAGGAGCUGAGACACCACCCUUCCCUGAGGCGCCACGCGGAACUGCCGCCCUUUCUGCGCUGCUUCACGGCCGGCUGGGUGCACACCCGGAUCCGGUCCCGCGGCGUAGAGGUCCUGCAGCGGCUGCACCGGUACGAGGAAGCCGUCCAGGAACUGGAGGACCUUUUGUCCCAGAACGUCUAUUGUCCCGACAGCAGGGGCCGGUGGUGGGACCGGCUGGCUCUCAACCUCCACCAGCACCUGAAGCGCCUCGAACCGGCCAUCAAGUGCAUCGCGGAAGGGCUGGCCGACCCCGCGGUGAGGACGGGGCACCGCCUGGCGCUGUACCAGAGGGCCGUGCGCCUGCGGGCCUCGCCCAGCUGCCGGAGGUACCGGCCCCUCCUCCAGCAGCUGCCCGAGGUCGCCGUGCAGGACGUGAAGCACGUGACCAUCACCGGCCGGCUGUGCCCGCAGCUCGGGAUGGGCAAGUCCGUGUUUGUGGCGGAGGCCGGGGGGCCGGACGCGCCCGCCACGGUCCUGUGCUCCGUGGAGGAGCUGGCGCUGGACCAUUACCGACGCAGCGGCUUCGACCAAGGCAUCCACGGGGAAGGCUCCACCUUCAUCACGCUGUUCGGCCUCCUGCUGUGGGACAUCAUCUUCAUGGACGGCGUCGCGGACGCCUUCAGAAACGCCUACCAGGCGUCCCCACUGGACCUGUGCACGGACAGCUUCUUCGCCAGCAGGCGGCCGGCCAUUGAGGCCCGGCUGCAGCUGAUCCACGAUGCCCCCACCCAGGGCCUGCGGAGCCGGGUGGCGGCCACGUGGCGGGCCCAGGAAGGCCGGGCGGCGUCCGUCGUCAGCUGGGACCGCUUCGCUUCCCUGCAGCAAGCGCAGGACCUCGCUUCCUGCCUGGGGGGCCCCGUCCUCAGCGGGGUGUGCCGGCGCCUGGCCGAGGACUUCCGGCACUGCCGGGGCGGCCUCCCCGACCUGGCGGUGUGGAGCUCCCAGGACCAUCGCGUCAAGCUGGUGGAGGUCAAGGGCCCCAACGACCGCCUCUCGCACAAGCAGAUGGUGUGGCUGGACGAGCUGCGGAGGCUGGGGGCCGACGUCGAGGUCUGCCACGUCGCGGCCGUGGGAGCCAAGAGCCGAGCCUGA